AAUUCAGCUGUAAGAAGACAAACUUCGCUCAGCUUUUAAACGUCGGCUCUUCUCCAUCUAUUAGCCCAAGAUUCCUUCCUUACUUCACAGAAGCACACAGCGAUGAGGCAUUCUAUGCUGGCCCUUUUGCUAGCUGUUUUGAUCCACCAAGGAUGUUUCCAUAUCGAUGUGGAAGCAGGAGAUGGCUUCAUUAGAACCAGAGGAGCUCAUUUCUUUUUGAAUGGUAACCCUUACUAUGCAAAUGGAUUCAAUGCCUACUGGUUGAUGUAUGUAGCUUCUGAUCCAUCUCAGAGAUACAAAGUUUCAGAUGCAUUUCAUCAAGCAGCAACCCAUGGCCUCACCGUUGCUAGAACUUGGGCUUUCAGUGAUGGUGGUUACAGGCCUCUGCAGCAUUCUCCUGGCUCCUACAAUGAACAAAUGUUUAAGGGACUGGAUUUUGUUAUUGCUGAGGCUAGAAGAUAUGGGAUCAAGCUCAUAUUGAGCUUGGCUAACAAUUAUGACAGCUUUGGAGGAAAGAAGCAGUAUGUCAACUGGGCUAGAAAUCAAGGGCAGUACCUGUCUUCUGAUGAUGAUUUUUUUAGACACCCUGUGGUUAAGGGUUACUUUAAGAAUCAUAUAAAGACUGUUCUUAACAGAUACAACAGCUUCACUGGAAUUCAUUACAAAGAUGAUCCAACAAUCAUGGCAUGGGAACUUAUGAAUGAGCCUAGAUGUACAUCUGAUCCAUCUGGAAGAACUAUUCAGGCUUGGAUAAUGGAAAUGGCUCAGUUUGUGAAAUCAGUAGACAGAAAUCACUUGCUUGAAGCUGGUUUAGAAGGAUUUUAUGGACAAUCAACCCCACAAAGAAAAAAUCUCAACCCUGGUAUUGAAAUUGGGACAGAUUUCAUUUCCAACAAUCGCAUCCCCGGCAUUGAUUUCGCCACAGUUCACUCAUAUCCUGAUCAAUGGUUGUCUAGCUCUGACAAUCAAUACCAACUUACUUUCUUGAACAACUGGCUCAAUGCACAUAUCCAAGAUGCACAGUACAUUCUACGAAAACCAAUCCUUGUUACUGAGUUUGGAAAGUCCUGGAAAGAUCCUGGUUUCAGCACGUACCAGAGAGAUCUGAUGUUUAACACAGUUUACUACAAGAUAUACUCAUCAGCUAAAAGAGGAGGUGCAGCUGCUGGAGGCCUGUUUUGGCAACUUCUAACUGAAGGAAUGGAUAAUUUUCGAGACGGUUAUGAAGUAAUCUUGAGUGAAUCUUCCUCAACUGUGAAUGUUAUUACUCAACAGUCACACAAGCUGUAUCAAAUUCGCAAGAUUUUCGAGAGAAUGAGAAAUGUGCAGAGGUGGAGGAGGGCCAGAGCCAUCAGGAGGCGUCAGUCGCAGAGUGGAAACAGAGGCAGGCAUAUUGGAAACUGAAGAUAUGAGUAUCUUGAAAGUGUGUGAGUGAAGAAUGUGCCAUUUUUUUUUUUUUUUUUUUUUUGAGGUUCCAGACUGUGGUUUUUCUCUUAGAGAUGAUUGAUGUUCGUCCAGGAGAGUAAGCUUAGAUGAUCAAUAUGAUGAAAGUGAAUUUCUAUUUAUCUGUAUAAUUGUGCUGUGAGUUUAGUUUACUAAGGAGUAUUUCUCAUUAUGCUUUGUGAAGUUGGAAAUUUCCAAUAAGAAAUUUCAUGUUCAAGCCC